AUGGAUAUAUGUACAAAUGAGUCCAAUGACUAUUUUUCUAGCUAUGAAGAUUUAGAGAUUCAUAGGCUAAUGUUAGAAGACCACCCUAGAACUGACGCUUAUAGAAAGGCUAUUUUAGAAAAUAAAUCAUAUUUCAAAGAUAAAAUAGUAAUGGAUGUUGGCUGUGGUACAGGUAUACUUUCAAUAUUUUGUGCCCAAGCUGGUGCUAAGAAAGUAUAUGCGGUAGAAGCUAGCAAAUUGGCAAAUUUAGCUAAAGAAAUAAUCAAAGAAAACGAGUUUGAAGAAAUUAUUGAGGUGUUACACAGUAAAGUAGAAGAUGUAACUCUACCUGGAGAUGUUAAAGUUGAUACAAUAGUAUCUGAAUGGAUGGGUUUCUACUUACUUCAUGAAGGAAUGCUAGAUUCAGUUCUCAUAGCGAGAGAUAAAUUCCUCAAACCUGGAGGUGAAAUGUUUCCAGAAAGUGCUGCUAUCUAUGUUGCUCCAUGUAGUGUUCCUGAAUUAUACAAUAAGUGGAAAGAUUUUCAUGGUGUAUCAUUGUCAACAUUCUCGAAACACUUAAGGUCGAGUAAAAGCAGUAAGCCUGAAAUAAUGCAAAUAGAAAAGGAGGAUCUCCUUGGUCCAGAAGUGGCAAUGGCGUGGAUUAAUUUAAGAGAAGACACUGUUCAAGAUCUUGAUUCAUAUGCUAUUGAACACGUUGUAGGGACCAGUAGAAGUGGACAGUACCAAGGUAUAUGUGUAUGGUUUGAAUGCAAUUUUCCCGAAUUAAACGGCAACAACAGAGUGAUAUUAAAAACUGGACCAGAAAGUCCCGCAACACAUUGGAAACAAACUAUUAUUCUUUUGCCAGAAGAACAACAAGUUGAAGAACAGGAACCAAUUGCAUUUCAACUGGAUAUGAACAGAGAUCAAAUUCAUUCAAGAAGAUACAAUCUUCAGCUAUCAUUAUUAGACCCAGAAGAAGUGGAACAUCCAGUUCCAUGCACUUGUCACAUGACAAAGUGUAUCCUCAUGAAGACUUUCAUGCUCCAACAUGCAGAACAUGCAAUAAGUGAGAACUCGCAUGAUGUUAGCUUAAGUAUAUUAGAAGAUGACAAAAUUGAUGACAAUGAUGAUUAUGAUGACGAAUGAUAAAUAAAACUCGUAUUUUUCAAGUUAUUUCCAUAAAUAAAUUUGUUACAAAAAUUAAGGUUUGCCUUAUUUUUUUUUUACGUUAAUAAGACGUGCAGUAAUGAUAUCCAGUGAAGCAAUUCAUUAAUUGACGGUUUAUUUUUAAUUAUUCCUCAUUAGUGUGUACUAUGAAUAUGCCAGCAUUACUUGACUAAUCUAUAUGAUACUGAAAUCAAGUAUAAUAAAUCACUCAGAAAUGGA